CAUUCGGGGCGGGUGCUUUUUCGUCUUUCUUCUUUGAUCUUUUGACCUUUGGUCUUUCACAAGUACUUGAAUAUUCGUACAGUCCAUUUUCACGGUGCCGCUGUGCCCAUCUUUCCUUCCCCACUUCUCUCCCUUUGGUCUUCGAGGCUGGUCCCUUUGUCUCAAAACUCGAGCAGUGCUCUUUCGACGCCCCACUUUUAAACUAAACUUUCUUCGAGCAGGACUCGAUUAUAAUUCUUUCUCAUAUCUCGUUGUGACUCUUCUCUUCGUCUGACCCUAGUGGUCUCAUCUCAUCAACUCAGCCAUCUCCUCCAUCUGCACUUGGUGCGACGUAGCACGACAUCAACCUGAACAGCGAUCUGAACAUUAUCGAGCCAUCAAAUCAUCAUACAUCGGAAAUGACGAUUCCAACGGUGGUGAUAACACCUUGUACACCUCAAACCGCUACUCCACCUUCACCCAAUCCUCUUAUCCCACGCUCAACAACAUGGUCUCAUUAUCCGACCAUCCCUUCCUCUCAUUCCAUACCACAUCAACCUCAUCUUUCUUCACUUCAUCAGAAUAAUCGAGAAACAUCCAAUAUUGACAAACCAAUAGACACCAGAAAACAAUCUACCAUGAAUAACAUACAAUCAUUCGAUCGAUCAUUCCUCUUUCCCGCUCCAAUUCCUCGACAUUCAAGAAAAAGACAAAAGAAAAGAGAACAUUCUUUUCUACCCUUUUUAUUCUUCGCAUUGACCAUCAUUCUUGUGAUUCUCAGUUCAGCAAUGAUUCCGAGUCAUAUCGCUCAAAUGGAGGAACGUUCGUUCGGUUUUGGGAGAUUCACACGAUCACUAGGGAAUGGAGAGAUGGAGGGUAAGAGGGCUGCUAUGGUCGCUCUGGCUAGAGCUAGGUCGGAGGGGUCAGGUUUAGGUCUAUCAAGAGGGGUAAAGAAGGAGGGGCAAGACAGAUCUUGGAGGUUAUACGGUAGGAAAGUAGCGGAGGGAGGCAAGAAGGCUGGGAGGAGGAAGGAUCUGUUUAAUGAGGGUGAUCGGGUAGGAUUAGGAACGAUGGAAUUGUGGGAUUUCCAUUAGAUGGUAUGGCGUGUUUUUAUAUUUUACCAAGUGGCGAGAUGGUAUGUUAUGUCAUUUAGGAGGAAGUGGAAGCGGGUUGAUUUGUGUAUCCGCAAAGAAUAAGGAUUUGCUGAAUGGAGAUUUGGAGUGCGAAUGGAGAAUGGGGAGUGGGAUGGGAAUGGGAUGGGAAUGGGAUGGGAAUGCGGAAUGGGAUGGGAAUGAGGCAUGAGGGUGAAAGGGGAUUUACAUGAACAAUUACUGUUCAUACGACGACCAUGCAUAUGAACGACCACUUGACAAAUGU